CUCAGCCUUUCAGGCCCCAGGAAGCUUCCCUGGCCAGGGGAAUGGCUGAGAGGGGAAGCUCCACGGCAUUGGCUCUAGAGAGGUCUGUGUAGAUAACCCCAUGGAAGAGGCAGCGGUGGAGAAACACACGAAACCCCGACUUCCUCUGUAUAGUGCAGGUUCUCAACCACAAGCCCCAAGCAGAGGGGCAGGUAGCACGCGCCUAGCAGCUGGUGCACCAGUCCAACCAUGCUCCCUGAGAUCAGUGAACGUCUGGUCCUAAGCCCUGAAAGUUUCCCAUGGCUGGAAAACUAUAGCUCUUUGAUCGACUAUGUAGGAGAAAAUGACAGCGACUUGUGCUGCGAAGCCCCACCCUGCCUACAAGACUUCAGCGUGAGCUUUGACCGGGCCUUCCUGCCAGCCAUCUACGGCAUCCUCUUUGUGCUGGGGCUACUGGGCAAUGGCGCGGUGGUGGCUGUGCUGCUGAGCCAGAGGGCAGCCCUGAGCAGCACCGACACCUUCCUGCUCCACCUGGCCGUGGCUGAUGCCCUGCUGGUGCUAACCCUCCCCCUCUGGGCAGUGGACGCUGCGAUCCAGUGGGUCUUCGGCUCUGGGCUCUGCAAAGUGGCAGGUGCCCUCUUCAACAUCAACUUCUACGCUGGGGCCCUCCUGCUGGCCUGCAUCAGCUUCGACCGGUACCUGAGCAUAGUGCAUGCCACCCAGCUCUACCGCCGGGGGCCCCCCACCCGCGUGGCCCUCACUUGUGUCAUUGUCUGGGGGCUCUGUCUGCUCUUUGCCCUCCCUGAGUUCAUCUUCUUGUCGGUCCACCGUGACUACCGCCUCAAUGUCACUCAGUGCCAGCACGACUUCCCGCAGGUGGGCCGCACAGCUGUGCGCCUAGUGCAGCUGGUAGCCGGGUUCCUGCUGCCCCUGAUGGUCAUGACCUACUGCUAUGCCCGAAUCCUAGCUGUGCUGCUGGUCUCCAGGGGCCAGCGGCGGCUGCGAGCCAUGCGGCUGGUGGUGGUGGUAGUGGUGGCCUUUGCCCUCUGUUGGACCCCUUACCACCUGGUGGUGCUGGUGGACAUCUUCAUGAACAUGGGGGCCUUGGCCCGAGACUGUAACCGAGAAAGCCGUGUGGAUGUGGCCAAGUCCAUCACCUCUGGCCUGGCCUAUAUGCACUGCUGUCUCAAUCCGCUGCUCUACGCCUUCGUGGGUGUCAAGUUCCGAGAGCGGAUGUGGAUGCUACUUUUGCGCCUGGGCUGCCCUGGCCAGAGCGGGCACCAGCGGAACCUGCCGUCUUCCCGCCGGGAUUCAUCCUGGUCUGAGACCACAGAGGCCUCCUCCUUCCAGGGCUUGUGAGGCUGGGCUGGGGGCAAGCCUUUCACCACGCAGCCUGACUCCCCGCCAUUCCAGGCUCUUCCCUCCCUCUGCCCAGGGUCUGGCUCCCCAGAUGUACAUUCCUGGGGUUUCCUGGUAGCCCCAGCACUGCCAGAUCUCCCAGGGGGCACCCUCCUGACUCCGGGGACUUUGCUGCUCCUUAGUUGCCAAGCCCCCUUGUGCCAAUUCAGAGUUGGUUGCCCAGAGCCCCACCAUCUUCUUUAUGCAGUAACUAGACCUUGGCCAGACCUUGGCCUUCCCCAUAUGCAAGGAGCUUGAGGCACACAGUAUGGUGGAAGCUGCCCCUGUGGGGCCUUGGCCCAGACCUCCAGCCCAGCAGUGACUAGCUAUGACCCCCCAAACCUCUGUAUUUGCUCACUUUUAUGUCCAAAGUUCUGCUUAAAACUUUUCAAUAAACAGCAGUGUAAAGUA